UCGGAGAAGAGCGACGUGUGGGCCUACGGGGUCACGUGCUGGGAGAUCUUGACCUCGGGCAUGACCCCCUACUACCCCAUGACGGACCCGACUGUGAUCGGGUACGUGUGCGGGGGUGGGAGGCUUCCUCGAGAGCACCUCCUCGGAAGAUGCCCGGACGGGUUGUGGGCCCUGCUGGAGAGCUGCUGGGCGACGAGGGAGGAGGACCGCCCGAGGUUCGCCGAGCUU